GCCGUACGCACACACACACACACACACACACACACACACACACACACACACACACACACACACACACACACACACGCACACAGAGAUGUAUAGGGAGAGCGGUAGUCGAGAGUCAGUGACCAAGCUUGAUCAGAUCACGAGAUGGUGUGAGUACGACCCAGCUGUGGCGGCAAAUGAGAGCGUGAGGAAUGACGGGGGAGUAGGUGGAAGCGGAGAGGACGACCCGCUGGCAUCGUCGGUGGGGCGGCAGGAUCAGGAGCGUGCUAACGAUAGGUCUUCCGGUUCUAAAUUCCCUGUCGAUCACGAGAUUAAUUCCAAGCUUUACCUUUGGAGAGGAGCUGCAUGGCAACUAGAAGUCGACGCUGUUGUUAACACCACUAACGAGAGCCUUGAUGUUGCACACAGCUCUCCUGGUCUGCAUGAGGCCGCUGGCCCAGCUCUUGCGGAGGAAUGCGCCACAUUGGGUGGGUGUCGAACAGGAGAGGCGAAAAUAACAGGUGGCUAUGAUCUCCCUGCCAGGCGAGUUAUUCAUACUGUUGGUCCUCGUUACGCCUUUAAAUACCACACAGCUGCUGAGAAUGCGCUGAGCCAUUGUUACCGCUCCUGCUUGGAAUUGCUUAUUGAACAUGGAUUUAAGAGCAUUGCGUUUGGAUGCAUCUAUACUGAAGCGAAAGAAUAUCCAAGAGAACCUGCUGCACAUGUUGCAAUUCGAACUGUUCGGCGGUUCUUGGAAAAGCACAAACAGAAGCUUUUGGCUGUUGUUUUCUGCACGGUGUCAUCGUUCGAUGCAGAAAUCUACAGAAGGCUUUUACCAUUGUAUUUUCCCAGGGAUAAGAAGGAAGAGGAAAUUGCAAGGGAGAAGCUUCCAAGUGAUGUUGGUGAUGAAAAUGGAGAGACAGUGAUAGAUGAGCGGAAAAUCCGAAUCUUGCCAGGGGUUCCUGCCAUAUCCCCGAGAAGGUCGCCCUGUGUAGCAGAUCCCUUUAGGGUUUCUCCGAAGAGGGACAAUGAUGAAGGGUCACUUGUGGAUCCGACAUUUAUUGCAAUGCUGAGAGAUCCUGACUCCCGAAGGAAAGAGCAAAUGGAGAGGGCUGCACAGUUGAACUCGGCUUGGCGGAGAUGGGGAGGAUUGAUUGGUCUGAGUGCGUUUGGGUCACCGCCACUCAGUGUUGUGGAAGAAGAGGCUCUUCAUGCCAGAUAUUUGGCACGUGCCAAUGCAGUGAAUCUAAGUGAUGUGGCGGAGAUGAAAAUUGUUUAUCGCGGAGGUGAAGAUGUGGAGGGGCAUCCAGUAAUGGUUGUUUGUGGAGCCCAUUUCUUGUUGCGUUGCAUGGAGCUUGAGAAGUUUGUGUUAUAUGUUGUAAAGGAAUUUGAGCAGGUUAUUCAACGUCCCUAUGCAGUCGUGUAUUUCCAUUCAGCUGCUUCGCUUGGAUUGAAACCAGAUAUCAUGUGGAUGAAGAGGCUGCAUCAAAUUCUCGGAUGGAGACACAAGCAGAAUUUGAAGGUCAUUUACAUUCUUCAUCCUACUGCUGGGCUCAAGCUUGCGGUGAUGGCAAUGCAGUUUUUAGAGUCUGAGGUCUGGCGAAAAGUGGUAUAUGUGGACAGACUACUGGACCUGUUCACGGCCAUUCCUCGAGAGCAAAUAACCAUUCCCGAUUUUGUUUUCCAGCAUGAUUUGGAAGUAAAUGGUGCUCGUGGGCUUGGGAAUGAUGCUAUACCUAGGCAUAAUGCUAGGCGUUUUCAGGGUAUGCAAUCUACUGCUUGAGUUAUCACAGCUGAUUCUGACUUACGCAUUGCCAGCUGGAGACGUUAUGAAGUAACAGAUGCGGAAUUGGGCCAAGGAUUUCUACUGUGCGCAGCUUUCCAAGCCCACCAUCUCAACUUAGACGUUAUGGUUGCCCAUCCAUGCCGGACAAACAUACACAUGAUGGACAUAUUCAGUGGGCGAGAAGGUGCACAUGUUUACACUUUGCUCAGCUUGAAGAGAAGACCCUUUCUUGUGAGAUUUCUUACCAGUGCGAGACCUUUUGACAUGGAACAAAAUUGCACAUCAUUU